AUUGUCGAGCCAUUACUCUUCUCUUUCCCAAUAAAUUUCCCUCCGUACACAAGAAUCCGCCAUUAAUGCUAUCGCUUUUAGCUUCGAUGCACUUAUCUCUCUUGCCAGUUCUGUGAAAAGGAAAACGUCAAAAAAAAGAAAUCCCAUUAAUCCCUCUUCACUGUUUGUACUGGUUUCUUCGCUCAAUGAUGAUUAAUAAACCCUCCUCAAUGCCUGUAGUUUUCAUGCACUUAUAAAUAUAUAUACUAGUAUAAUAAACCUAAAUUUAUUGCAUUGCCGGCUUGAAGCUCGUCCAUCGUCCUUUCUUCCACCCACAAUAAAUUACCACUUUCGAUUUCCCUAGAUAAGAUCAAACUAGCAUUUAAAGGUCUCUCUCUCUCUCUCUCUCUCUCUAAAGCUGUUGAUUCAGUUCACAGCGCUUGUCAUUCAAAGCUGUAGCUUCUUCACUCUUUAAAAGAGUUGUUUGCUGUUCUUUAUCCUUAAUUUCCAUCCCUUGGUGACAAGAGUGAUAUAUUUUAACUGGGGUGUGAUUUUGCUGAGUGUAAUUGAAGUGAAAGAAAAGAGAUGGGACGGACACCCUGUUGUGAUAAGAGAGGAUUGAAAAAGGGGCCGUGGACACCUGAAGAAGAUGAGAUUCUUGUCAGUUACAUCAAGAAGAAUGGGCAUGGAAGCUGGCGCUCUCUCCCUAAGCUCGCAGGCCUUCUUCGCUGUGGCAAGAGUUGCAGGCUUAGAUGGACCAACUAUCUUAGGCCAGAUAUAAAACGGGGUCCCUUUACUCUUGAAGAAGAGAAACUUGUCAUUCAGCUUCAUGGUAUUCUUGGAAACAGGUGGGCUGCCAUUGCCUCUCAACUACCAGGCAGAACUGAUAAUGAGAUAAAGAACUUGUGGAACACCCACCUGAAGAAACGCCUUCUUUGCAUGGGGCUUGACUCCCAAACUCAUGAGCCCUUUACCUCUUGUGGACCAGCCAUAAAAGCACCUGCAUCCCCCGCUACUCGCCAUAUGGCACAGUGGGAGAGUGCUAGGCUUGAAGCUGAGGCUCGGCUUUCCAUGGAGUCCUCACUCUUCAAUCCACCAACUCCGGGGAAAACUGAUAAUGAUUAUUUCCUGCGGAUGUGGAACUCUGAAGUUGGAGAUUCUUUUCGAAAAUUCAAUCGGGCAGACAAAACUACUUGCCAAAGCCCAGCUUCAGCAUCUCAGGCAUCUUCAUCGACCAAAUGUGGAUCAGUUUCAGCUGUCACUGUUGAUAUUAGCCCCAACUUAGCAGGCUACUCUACCACGGCAAGCAAUCAAAAUGAAGAUAUGGAAUGCAAGAGCUGCAAAUCUUACGCUGAAGAUUUGAAUGCUGGGUCUGAUUCAUCAAUCUCUAUUGAGUUGGAGGAUUCUUCAGAUUCAACACUACAACUUUUGUUGGAUUUCCCCAUUAACAAUGACAUGAGUUUCUUGGAAGGAAAUGUCGAUAGCUAUGCCACUUAUUCGGUAAUGCAGUUAUGACCAAGAUCUUGCAGUGCAAUUUGAAGCCUCGUUUGCUUGAAUUUUGGGCUACCCUUUUGAGUACUAAAAGC